AUGGCGCUUAGCAAUUUCCUCUUCGCUCAGUGCAUCUGCUACUUCCUGGCCUUCCUCUUCAGCUUCAUUGUGGUGGUGCCGCUCUCCGAGAAUGGCAACGACUUCCACGGCCGGUGCCUGCUCUUCACCGAGGGCAUGUGGCUCAACGCCAACCUGACGGUGGAGAGGCAGCGCUUCACCGUGCAGGAGUGGGGGCCCGAGGCUGCUUGCCGCUUCAGCAUCUUCACCGGGCUCCUCUCCCUGCUGCUGGCCACAGUGCAGGCCUGGAGGACCCUCUUCUUCCUCUGCAAAGGGCACGAGGACUCUUUCUUUUAUGCCUUCCUGAAUCUGCUGAUCAGCUCCUUUGUGGUGUUCAUCACAUUUAUUGCUAGCACUAUAGUGAGUGUAGGAUUUAACAUGUGGUGUGAUGCAAUUACUGAAAAAGGAAGCAUGCCAAAUAGCUGUGAAGAGUUACAGGAUAUAGAUCUUGAACUGAACGUAGAAAACUCUGCUUUCUAUGACCAGUUUGCUAUUGCACAGUUUGGUCUCUGGGCUGCCUGGCUGACUUGGCUGGGAAUUACCAUUCUGGCUUUCCUGAAGGUUUAUCACAACUACAGACAGGAGGACCUGCUAGAUAGCCUGAUCCAUGAGAAGGAACUGUUGCUCGGAAGAUCCUCUUCACGAUCCUCUUUGCAAGAUGAGAAAAGUGGCAUGAUCUAAAGUGUAAGCAAAUUUCCAGGGCAGGAUCUAGAUUUUAUUAUUCAGCAGUAUGAUCUGAGGUUGAGUCAGGGUACUGAAAGUGUGAGAUAUUUUCUUUCCUGAAAGGAGAUGUACUUAUGAAUCCCCCACAUCCUCCAUGAGAAACUGUUGGCAGAAAUACUUAUUUUAGGAUGCAGAGAAGGAAUGGCCCCAUGUGCCUUUUGCACAGCAAGCUUUCCAUCCUGUGUAAGCACAACCUGUAACCUGCUCUUGCCAGCAGAGCUCCUAUGUGCUAUCACUGCCUUUCAGGGAAGGGGUCAUUUUUCAGGGCUGUGCUGGCAAAACCAGGCUACAGAGUCAAGGCCAUUUCUUAAAAAAAUUCUGCAACAACCAUUGCAAC